CUUGCGGUCGAUCUCCUUAACCCGUCUCUCGAGAGCGAGAAGCGCCAGCACAAGCUCAAGCGCCUCGUGCAGUCGCCCGACUCCUACUUCAUGGAUGUUAAGUGCCCCGGCUGCUUCAACAUCACCACCGUGUUCAGCCACGCCCAGACCGUUGUUGUGUGCCCCGGCUGCUCGACCGUCCUGUGCCAGCCCACUGGUGGCCGUGCCCGCCUGACUGAGGGCUGCUCGUUCAGGAGGAAGAUCAACUAA